CCUUGAACGGAAGUAAACAAAUGAACCCUCACUCACAAGUUAAACUUAAAGCAAGAAUAAAAGUCUAAGUAGAAGCGGAUGUAAUAAGAAGAACUUGCAAUAUGGUAUUGCAAUUCCAGAUUCAAAAUGCCAUCAACUAUUGUACCCAUUCUGAGUACUAGGGAGUUUUCUUUACAGCCAGCUAAAGGAUUGAGAUAUGGUAAUUUUGAAGGUGUGGCUCACCUUCCACCUGUGGUACAAGAGACAGAGAGAUUGAGUGAACGGAAUGUCUCCCAGUUAAACAAUCAACAAAUUUACAAUAAAAUAUGUGAAUGGUUUGAUACAUGGAAAUCAUGGCAACAAAAAUUAGCACUUUCAGGGAUAUCGAACAGAUGUUCAGCUAGGCAACUGGAUAUUUUGGCAACAUCACUUGAACCUGUACGUCACAGAGAUUAUUUUACGGCUUCAAAACGCAUCUAUCCUUCUCUUUAUGUUAAAUCAGAUGUCUCAGUUUCCAAAGAAAAACCAAAGAAAUCAUCAUUCAAGAAAAAGAAAUCUGUUAAUACUAAAAAGAAACCAGAUUUAAAAUCGUCAAUAGAAAUAGCUCAAAAUUCAAAAGCAGAUAAUCAAAAUCAGAAUCAACAAGACUUAGAUUCAAAUAAAAAGAAAGUGAGCAAGCAGUUGUUUGAAAAUAAGAAUCAACAAGACUUGGAUUCAAAGAAAAAGAAAGUGAGCAAGCAGUCGUUUGAAAAAGAAAACCAGAAAAAAGAAUUCAGUUUAGAAAAUUAUGCCGAAAGUCUAAGUUCAAAUAUUGUUCAAUCGUCUCUAAAAAGUUUGUAUCCUUCAGCUUAUGGAAAUGAAAAUAAAACUUUAGAAGCUGAUGUUAGCAAAAUAGAAAAAGAUAAGGUGUCACUGUCAGUGAACAGCUGUGUCAUAUCUCCAGUUUGUGACAUUUCCAUAGCUAAGUCCAAUUUAAAAUCAGAUAGUCAAUUGUUUAGUCCAGUUCCUUCAGCAGAUGGACUUUGUUCUAGUCAGAGAGUGGGUACAGACAGUGGAGUGUCUUUUUCCUUUGAGUUUAUGGGACAGACUUUAGAAUAUAAUCCAAGUUCAGCUAAAAUCAAGAAAACAGAAGUUGAAGGGAAUGCAUCUUCUAACAAUGGUAGAACUGGAAGCUUCAGCUUUUCACCUGUGGAUACCUUGGAUUUCUUUGAAAAAGAGAAAGUCAACAAAUUAGGUAAAUUACAGAGAGAAAUAAGCGAUAUGGCUCUACCAUUAUCUAUUACAACAACAGAUGAAUUACCAGUUACCUUGCCUAAGUUCUACAAGCAUAUUAAAUUCUGGCCAGUCACCCCUUCGGAGGGUAAACAUUUUCUGAAAGCUAAGCGUCUAGAACUUGUCGAUAACUUUAAAGAUCAGCUGUGUCAUGUAUGGAUGUGGAUGCAGGAUUGGGAAGACUUUGAGAAGAUUGGGUUAUUAAAAGCCAUAAUGAAAAUCUCUACACCAAUGAUAUUGAGUGACUUUCUAGAUCAUAUCCACCAAAGAUUAGAAGAUGAGAAAGAUAUAAAUAGAUUAUGUGAUAAAUUAUUAUUGAAUGUUUUCUCCUUUUUACCACCUCGUGAUAUUUGUAGAACCUCCCAGGUUUGUAGAAGAUGGAGAUAUCUAUGUACAUCAGAGGACCUCUGGAUGUUCAAAUGCCUAGAAAUGGGAGAAGAGGAAGGUAUCCGUAAUAUACCUAAUCUGGUAUUGGAAACUAACUCUAAGAGUAUGCUAGUUGAUUGGAAACUAGCUUAUCAAGAGCUCUAUCAUUUAGUACUUAUAAUGAAGGAUAGUCUGUUAAACCAAACAAAUCUUCCAAAAGUAGAUAUCAUGCAAGAUAUAAUACACACUGUUGAACAAGUUGAAGCAAGGCCAGUUAAACGUAGACAUAGUAUGAUGACUGAAUUAAAACUUCGCAGAGGAACAUUAUCUCGAAUACGCAGGCAAGAAGAGCUAACUAAGCUACUUGGAAGAAUCAGAAUACAUGAAGAUGACAGUGGUGAUGAAAGCAUGUCAGAAGAAGAUCUAGAACCAUUUAUGAAUGAGUACACCAUUUUACCUCCCAUAGAUGAUACAAAUAAAAGUUUUGACUGGUGUAACUCAUCCCGAAGAUCGCGUAGAAGAACUGUACGGACUAGUUUACAUGACAUACCUAUAGAUACUGAACGCCAGAAUACAAAUACGACAGAAGAAGAGAGAUCUUCAAAGUAUGAAAGAAGUAUAAUAAGAAAUGAAGAACCUGUAGAAGACGACGAUAAGGCAUUAGAUAUUAGGCCACGCCUUGUACAGACAGUUGAUUUAUUGGGUAAAACUAAAGCAUCUAGAAAUCUUGAAUGGAAGAAGAAAGGAGAAAAGGAAGAUGAGAGUCUAGAUAUAAACAAGAAGAGCUAUGCUGGAAGUGUUAAAAGUGUUCUUAGAGUACGCAAAUUACAGGGUCAUAUGAAUGGAAUUAUGUGUCUGCAAUUUGACAAGAGACGAUUAGUAACUGCAGGAUUAGAUAGAACCAUUAGAAUCUGGGAUAUCCGAAGUGGUCGCAGUAUACAUAAAUUAUAUGGACAUAAGGGUGGUAUACAUUGUCUUUGUUUUAAUGAUGACAUCUUGGCUACUGGUUCAUGGGAUUGUACAGUUGUGAUAUGGAAUAUGUACCAGUAUACAAAAAUAUCAGUAUUGAUUGGUCAUAAAGAUGGUAUUUCCUGUGUACAAUUUACUAAUUCUUAUAUAGUGACCGGAUCAUAUGAUAACACUGUUCGAGUUUGGUGCCGUAAAAUCUACAACUGUUGUCAUACAAUACAACAUAAAGGAGCUGUCAAUUCAUUUAUGGUUGUUGAUGAUAAUAAGAUUAUAUCAUCUUCAGCUGACAUGUGUGUAAGAUUAAGUAAUCUAUUUACUGGUGACUGUUUAAAGAUAUAUGAUAAUGUUAAUGCAUCUAUUUUAUCUAUUGUGGUACAAGGCUCACUGGUAUUAGGAAGUGAUGUCAAUGGUAUUGUGUAUUUCUGGAAUAAAGAUAGUGGUGAAGCAGAGGCAGCUAUUCAAGCACACGAUGAAGGGAAUGCGAUUCACAAACUGGUUUUUCAUAAUGGGCGAUUCCUUACUGCAGCUGCUGAUGGAUCAAUUAAAGAAUGGGAUAUAAUGACCAUGACUUGUGUACGACUUUUACAAGGUCACAAGGGACCUGUUCGAGAUGUCAAGGUUUCUGAUGACAGGAUAGUAAGCUGUAGUGAUGAUGGCACUAUAAGAAUAUGGGAUCUAACUUUACCAAAGAAACAAAAACUGCAACAGGGUAAUCAGUAUGUAGCCUAGAAUAUGUCUUCUAUCAUUUUCACCAAUGUAUAAGUUUUUAGGUAAAGGUAAUAUAUUGAUGUAUUAUCCAAAGGAAUAAAACUAGUUGAAGCAUUUCUUAUUCAUUAAUACAUAAACUGAUUAAAAUUAUUUUGUUUUGGAAUGUUUUUUAAUAGUAUUUCUAUUAGCUGUGAUAUUAUUUGUUUAUUAAGAUAUUGAAGGUGACCCUGUAUAAUUGUUGAGUUCAUAUAUCACUUAAGUGUCACUUGAUUUGGGAAUACAAUGCAUAAGAUUCAAUAACAGUAACACUUGAUUGGCGCAUACAGUGAUUAAACUUGAUUGACACAUACAAUGUAAACAGCAAUUAUAAUAUGAUCUGAGGCACACAAUGUAUAAACUUCAGUGUCACUUGAUGUGGGCAUACAAUUUAUAGACUUCAAUGUCACUUGAUGUGGGCAUACAAUGUAUAAACUUCAAUAUCACUUGAUUAUCAUAAGAUGUAUAAACUUAAAUAACUAUGAGUUGAUUGGACAUACUGUAGCUGCUUAAAUCUGGGUGUUAAUUUGAACUAAAUGUCCAUAUAAUAAGUCUAUAGUAUUACCUUAGAUGGAAGGGCACAUAUAUCAACCCUUAAUGUAUGUAAUAUUAAUGUUUUUCAAUAAAAAAAAAAUAUUUGAUAAUAAUCCUUUAAUACAUUAUUCUCUGAAUUUGGUUAAAUUUUCUUGUUAUGUUAUUGUUAAGGUAUAAGGCAAAUGAUACUGCUGAUUUAUUUGUAUAUAUUGAUAAACACUGUGAUAUUUUAAACAAAUAUAUUAACAAUUUUAUGAAUUUGUUGUGUUAUAAUAUUAUAUGAUGUAUAAAUUUUAAUACUUGUUAUUGAUAAGGCUGUGAUAUUGUAAAUCCGAAAGGUUAUUAUAUGGUUUGGGUUGUUUUUUUGAGUUUUGUAUUAGGUGAGAAAAUUUGUAUUAGACUCAAAUUUAAUUCAUACUAUAUUAUAUUGCAAACCCGAUAGCUUUUGGGUUGUUCUUGUUAUAUUUUUUUAAAAUUUUAUGAAGUGAGAAAACUUGUAUCAGAUCCAUAUUUAAUUCAUACGAUAUUGUAAACUCGAUAGGGUAUUACAUAAUUGUUUUUUUAAAUUUCAUGAAUCAGAUCCAUAUUUAAUUCAUACGAUAUUGUAAUCCCCAAAAAGUUAUAUGGAUUGGGUUGUUUUUUUGUUUUUUAAAUUCUAUAUCACAAGAGAAAAUUAGUAUCAGAUCCAUAUUUAAUUCAUAUGAUAUUGUAAACCCGAAAGGUAUUAUGUGUGUUCUUGGGUUGUUGUUUUAUGUUUGUAAUUUUAUAUUAUUAGUGAGAAAAUUUGUAUCAGAUAUAUAUUUUUAAAUUCAUACUGUAUUGUAAACUUGAAAGGUAUUAUGUGUGUUCUUGGGUUGUUGUUGUCUGUUUAUAAUUUUAUAUUAUUAGUGACAAAAUUUGUAUCAGAUAUAUAUUUAAUUCAUACUGUAUUGUAAACCCGAAAGGGUAUUAUAUGAUUUUGUGAUUGUUUUUGUUUUUUUAAACUUUAUAUUAAGUGUGAAAAUUUGUAUUAGACCUAUAUUUAAUUCAUUUGAUAUUGCAAACCCGAAAGGGUAUUAUAUGUCUUGGGUUGUUUUUUGUUAUUUUUUAAAAUUUUAUAUUAGUGAAAAAAAAUUGUAUUAGAACCAGAUAGUGAUAGUCUGGAAAUGCAUGCCCUAAAAUGGUAACUAGAUGCAAAGCUGUUUCCAUGUAUAUUAAUAUUUGUUUAUUUUAUUGUUGGCUUAUUAUUUGAGUUCUCUGUAUUACAAAUAUACUUUUUCUAUAAAAAAAACAAUGGAAGAAGAUUAUCUUAUCAGUGGCGGAUCCAGCGGGGGGGGGGGGGGGGGUCCACCCUUCCCCCAGCCCCCCACCCACUCAGCUACAUAAACAAUUUUGUAAAACAACCUUUUUUAUGGGAAAAGUGUCAUAAUUGUGCUUUAUCCUUUAUCGUCAGAUGGUGCGACGGGAUGGGCACUCAAAGCGCGAGAUAAUGAUAUAGACAUAUGUGAUAUCACAAUUAAUGAAUCACAUUGUCAUCGUAUUAAUUCAUAAUAAAAAUUGACGUCAAACAGGAUGUUGGAUUUCUCUGAAAAAGCUCAAUGUGUGUGUAUAUAUGCCAAAAUGACGAUAGAGACUAAGUAUUUCUCAAAAAAUUUAAAGCUGAUGGGGGUGGUGGGGAUACAUUUUCUCAGGAACCUGGCAAACCCCUCCAGCAAAAAUUCCUGGAUCCGCCCCUGCUUAUUAUGAUGUAAAAAACGUAUAAACUAUAGUAAUUGUCAGUAGAAUGAAGUCAUGGUAUAUGUUGCAAAAACAUUUAAUAUAAGGGUAUAUCUAUUUAUCAUGGAAAUAAAUAGAUGUGAUGUUCUGUCUCAUUUCAUAUUAAAAUAGUAUUUAUAUUAACAGUAUUACCACAAUCCUAUUUAAAAUGAUAUAUUUUAUAUGUAAAGUUUUAUAAACGAUAUUUAUUAUAUGUACACAUUAUUUUCCAGAGCAAUAUCUAUUUAUAAUAAUAUUUAUAUAUAAUCAAUCUAAUUAAAAUUAGAUUGUUUGAUUUGACCCAAUUGGACUAAAACACAGAUCCUAUUUCGUCAAUUAUUCACAGAUUUAUCGCUCUUGAUUUAGUCGAAUCGUGUCAAAAUCAGUUUGUGAACAAACUUUACUGAAUUCAAUUAUUUGAAAAUGCUAAAAUCUUAAACUAGCCAAAAGCUCCCGUUUGGGCUAAUCCUACGUGGCUGUCGCUCCCUUUCAUAUAUUCCAACAUAAUAUUUAAAUCGACCGAAUUAAAAAUCUAAUUUUACUGAAUUGUAUAAAAAUAUAAAAUGAAAAUUAUAAUUCCAAAGAUAAUCAUAAAUUGAUAUGAAACAGUAUUAUAAAAAAUAUUUAUUUUAAUAUCUAUAUAUAGUUGUAGUAUAUGAGUUCCUUAUAUAGCUGCUGCACCAAAUAGUUAAUGCAAUAAACGUUUGAGUUGAUUU